AGUGCCAUUUGUGUUGCAAAAUGCAGACAUCAAGGUUCCUGUACGUACCCUUCCGGCCCUAUGACGGAGGCCACUACCGUCAUGGAAGGUGUGCGCUCCAAAGGGUGCCUGCUUUGUUCGCAUGUCUCGCCCUGUCCACUGACAUUGCUGAUUCCUGCCUUGUGGCUUUUCGUCCCAACUUCGGCUCAGCCAGCCAACCACCAACUGGAAGCCAGGCCGGGGUCAUGUGCCCCUGAUAAGACACCCGCGAGGUCGACACACUCAUCAACUGGUUUUCGAUGAGUUCCAUUAUUUUUAUCAAGGGGGGGAGUCGAGAUCGU